AUGGGAGUAAAAACAUGGGAAGACGAUGCUCCGAAAGAAAAAAUCGAACGCGAGUCGAAGAAGUAUCCUCUUCAGCGAAAGAUCGGUUUCCGACUUACAGGAAUGCGAGUAUUCAAUACGGAAAAGCAGGAAUUCGAUAUCUAUGGAAAGAACUAUGGAUAUAGCUUAACCGAGGAAACAUUACCUAACAUGUUUGCAACCUACUUCUCUUUCGUAAAAACAGAACUCCGCCAAGCAGUGAUCCGCUCUGUUAUUGAGCAACUGGAAUCGAUUCUGGAAUGGUUCGAGUUACGAGGCCAUCUGCAGUUUAUUUGCACAAGUGUUCUGAUCAUUUUCGAGGGAAACACGGAAAGCGAUUAUCGCCCGAUCGUUCGCCUUGUGGAUUUUGCUCAUGUGAGACAACUGCCUUCAGAGCAGCACGACGAGGGAUUUAUUGUGGGUUUGAAGUGGAUUCUGAACGAUUUGAAAGGCCGAGUGGAGGAAUGAAGAGAAUUUGAGGGUUCUUCGUUGCAGUAAUAUUCAUCAAUGUGUUUG